AUGUCAAAACCAAGAAAAUUCCAGAAGCGGCUGGAGUGUGAAGUACUACUGGACGACGCGGAGAGACUUGCGAAAAAAGGCGAAAUUACCAUCGAGCCGACGUUUAAACAAGAAGUCAUCGCGGAGGCGGGAAAAACAAGAGGACAUUACAACAGCAAGAUAAUUGAAUCAAGACACCGGGACGCAGCAAAACAACUGAAAGCAGACCACAACAUCACCAUCAGGAAAGCAGACAAAGCUGCCACCUACGUCAUCAUGGAAACUUCCGAAUACCUACAGAAGAUUGACGACAUACUCAACGAAACUACAAAAUUCAAAAGAAUAACCAGGGACCCAACGGAAGACCUCAAGAGAAAAGUAAACAAACUGAUAGUCAAAAACAACAUUGCCAGCAGAAGUAUCAAACUAGAAAAGCUCUCUGGUGAGUUCAGCAUGGGUUAUUGUUAUGGGAACGUCAAGACCCACAAACCAGGCAACAAACUCCGGCCUAUCAUAUCCCAAAUACCGACGCCGACCUACAACCUAGCGAAACAACUGUGCACCCUCCUGACCCCCUACGUACUCUCCACACACAACCUACAAGCAUCGUCAGAUUUUCUGGACAUCCUGAAGACCAGCAACACAAGAGGAAGAGUUGCUUCCCUUGAUGUCGAAUCGCUCUUUACAAACGUACCUGUGGACCGCACCAUCAACUACAUCAUCGAACGGGUAUACCAUGACAACUCUAACACCCCCAUCGACAUCCCUGAAGCCGUCCUACGAGAUCUCCUGGAAUGCUGCACAAAAGAAGCUCCAUUCACCUGCCCACGCGGAUACAAGUACUGCCAGAUUGACGGAGUAGCCAUGGGCUCACCCCUCGGAGUAUUGCUGGCAAACUUCUUCAUGGGCUGCGUCGAAGAAGAAGUAUUCAAGAAGCUCGACAAACCAGAUAUAUACUGCCGCUACAUAGAUGACAUAUUCAUCAAGACCGAGAAUGACGACGACGCCGAGCGGCUCAGACUUUGCCUACAGGAAGUUUCCGGCCUCAAGCUGACAAUAGAAAAGAGCGUCAACAACUCCAUCCCAUUCCUGGACAUACUCGUAAAGCAAGAAGAGCAAUCCUUCAACACAGAAGUAUUCGUCAAGCCCACAAACCCCGGACACUGCCUCAAUGGAAGGAGUGAAUGUCCACAAAGAUACAAAGAUUCGACAAUCGGCGCAUAUGUCAGAAGGGCACUCACUCACUGCAGCACAUGGCAGCAAGUGCACAGCGAAAUAGAGCGCUCAACACAAGUUCUACUCAAUAACGGCUUCAGCGAGAUUGAAAUCAACCGCCACACCAAGAAGAUCAUGGAUAGCUGGCACAGUCCAAAAACAACAGAAAAGAAGCAAGAAAUUACCAUCUUCUACAGAGCAUUCUUCUCGACAGCACACAAGGAAGAAGAAAGGAUCAUGAGGCAGAUAGUGCACCGCAACCUAAAACCCACAAACCAGGAGAAGAAGAUCAGCCUCCGAAUAUACUACAAAAACAAGAAAACAAGCCACCUCCUACUGAAAAACAAUACUCGCCCGGAUAAAGAGACAACCCAGAAGUCUGACGUCAUAUACAGGUUCAACUGCACAAGAGGAAACUGCGAAGUCCUCUCUUCCUCGUAUAUCGGCAUGACGACAAUGAGGCUGUCUCGGCGACUUACAUUCCAUCUAUCUGCCGGAGCCCCCAAAAGACACCUUCGAGAAGAACACGGAGAGACAAUAACAAGAAGCACCCUGGAAGAAAACAUAGAAAUUCUGGAUACCUGCCAGGAUAGACGACGACUCCCAAUAUUGGAGGCCUUGUACAUACAAGAACUCAAGCCAAAACUCAACAUUCAGGCUGAGGACCUACAGGCCCUACCGAGCAUGCGCCGACAAGCAGGCAGCCAUCAAUCAUCGAUGCGCGCGCACGAGGGACGCGGGACGAGCCAAUCAGCGUCCCGCCCAGAGGAGAGUAGCAGCGAGGCUCCAGCUUAA